AUGUGGCCAUAUCUGUUCAAAAAUCUCUAUAAACUCGUUCGCCCUCGGUUGUUAAAGAGGAGUCGUCGUCGUCCACUACAUCCAGAGCUGAGGCUGGUUUUGACCUUAUCAUACUUAGCUCAUGGGGAUAGCAUGUUUUCAAAAAAAGCUGAAUUCAGAAUUGGGAGAUCAACGGCGUUCAAAAUUCUACCUGAAGUGUGUCGAAUCAUAUGGGAUGUGCUGCAACCUCUUUACCUGCCGCAACCAACACAUGAAAAAUGGCAACAAUUAAAACAUAUAGGACGUGUUUCGUUCCUCUCUGUAGUAAUACAACCAAAAGUACACCAAAUAAAGUGUUCGCAACAGUGCCACAAGACGUGAAACUUCGUCAGAAAUGGUUUAAUGCCGUUCGAAGAGAUAACCUCAAAAACAGCAAAUCGAACUUCUUUUGCUGUGAAGACCAUUUCAAUCUAUGUUUUCAGCCUCAUUUACUGCUACGUGUUCAGCUCGUCUUUCAAUACGUUCUUUUGCGUGAGCCAGCC